AAAGCAAGGAUAUUGCACAGACAUGGGCGGUGCAUCGGUAUGCCAGCACAACAACACACGACGACCAAACGACCACAUAUCGCAAUAGGGUGGGGUUGGCAGAAUGUCACUAUAAACCAACGGCCCCAUUGAUUAUCCGAACAAAACAAUAUUGACCAGGCGAGUCCAUUACCUAAGUCAUAUUUAAACAGGUGCUAAUUAGCAUAGCAGUCCUUCAAAAUGUUCCCUUGGAAGUACAUGAGUCUCUAAACAAAUAAGCUUCGAUUUUUUCGAAAAGACUUGGUCGCAUUUAUUUUCGCUGGGACUGUAGCCCAUAGAAGCCACUUAAGGAACACAAAAUUCCGGAUAAAAAUAGAAUGUAAAAUAUUUAUAUGCAGAACAUGCGCAGCUCAUUGAUAAAAGCCCAGGCUCCGGUGCGCACUCUCUCAGUAGAAACGACCGAGUUGGACAUUGAGAACUCCCAACGAGAAAAAACGAGAGAAAGGGCUUCCCUAUGAGCAUAAAAUCCUGCAGGAUGUUAUACAUGCCGUGGCCUUUUAUGCUGCUGUCCUUAUACCAUUUCAUUCAGUUUCGAAGAGCCGUGCAACGAGAGCACUUCUGCCGUAGAAAGUUAUUCUGCGCUGAGUCUGGAGUUCUUUUGUGUGUAUAACUAACGUGGGCAGUAGCAGUAUAAGUCACACCAUGAGGAAUAAUUGUAACGCGCUUUUGCUGGCAUCGUUUGUGACAUGGUCGGGGGUGUUGUGUAGCACUGUAUGGGGCACCACAGAGGGCCAGGAAACACCUCUCGCACUUCCGGUGGCGGAGCAAACCCAGCCCACUACAGCCAUACAAGGAGAAGUAUGGGAGGAAGAUGAUCACGAAGUAUUAAUAAGAAACGAACGUGGCACCAAGAGCGACGGUUUGUCGUGCCGAUACGGCAAGAAUCCGUGGACUGAGUGUGAUACAAAAACUAAUACACGUUCUAGAACCUUGACAUUAAAGAAGGGAGACCCAGCAUGCGACCAAACGCGAACAAUUCAGAAGAAAUGUAAAAAAGCAUGUCGGUAUGAAAAGGGAUCCUGGUCGGAAUGCGCAUCCGGACAAAUGACUAGAGCUGAUAAGUUGAAAGCGAGCAGUGAUCCGUCCUGCGAAGCAACGCGUGUUAUCAAGAAGAACUGCAAGCCCGGAAAGUCCAAGGAUAAGAGUGCCAAGGAACAGCGUAAGAACAAAGAUAAAGCUGCUCGCAAAGGACGCGUUUAAGUUAUUUCAUACUCGAUAAUUUUAAAUGCCCCAUGUUAGUUUGUAUCAAUACGAUGCAAAUAGUUUAAGUUGAACUUAUUUUUCAAUAAAUUCUUAACAGAAAAAUCGUAACGACAUUAACUGUCUGCUAUGUAUACCCGAAAAGCAUUUUAAUUAAUGCACAUAUUGAUUAAUGUUGUAGUUUGGUUUUCAAGCAAACGAUAAACUUAAUGUAAACGACAGUAUGUUUAACUGUAAAACGUAAUAGCAACUUUGCGGAAUUUAUCAUAUUUAUGCAAUGCAGAAUAAAAAUAUAUUCAUACAAUACCAUACAAACAUAAAUACCAAAUUAUUUAGUUAACUUCAAAGAAAAAAGUCAUAUGUACAUCCAAGCCAACAUCCAUCAUUCUCUGCAAUGAUUAAACUGGAAUGACAGUUGCCUCUUAACUUGUAUGACUAUUUAAGCCCAUUCAUAAAUUUAGCAGAGUUGUUCUUCUAUUGAAUUUAAAUAAUAUUAACCGUAAAUCUAAUAUUAAAACCAAACAAAUAAUCUGAUUAUUGAUGUAAAAUUUUGGCAAAUAUCAGCUGCUGUAUCUCAUCUCAAGAAAACAAAGUGAGGAAAAUAAAUACUGAAAUCAAAGGGACGAUAAAGUUUCUCAUUCGCAGAUAUUAAAUUAAUAAAACACUUAGUGUAAAUAUUGUAAAAAAUAAAAACCUACUAUAGAAAGAAGAAAACAGAAAGUAAAAGAAUGAGACACGACGGAUCUAAAUUACAGAUCCGUCGUAGUUGCAACGUAGGCAAUUGGCAUUUUAAAGUAGUUUAUAACUCACUUUCACUGGGUACAAUUAAAAUAUAAAUUUGGAAAUACCAAUCCCAAAAUUAAUAUACAAGUCAAAGUACAGACAAACAUACUUACAUUCAUACAUAUUCCGAUUAAAAAUUGUACCAUUUCGAAGACAUGGUUUAUCUUUUUAAUAAACACAUAUAUAAACAUAGGACGUUAACUACGAAUUAAUGUAUUUUUCUGUAAGCAGUUUUACAACCGUACCCUAUCAUUCAUAACUACAAAGUCAAGAAGAACAGCUCACUCACAGCAUGAAAAUUCAUAAACACAUCAUCCCUAGGGGCAGUAUUUAUCUGAGUCUUUUAAUUCCAUAAGGAAGAGCAAAAAGCAACUCCCCCAAAGUAAAGUGAAAUUUGUUUACGUACGUAUACAACAUAAGAAAAAGUAACUGAACUUUAAUAAAUACAAA